GUCAUGCGAGGAUCGUUGAAAGGUUCCCCCGGCUGAGUGCCAGUGACUGUUACGCCGAGCUUGUGCCAACAUUUCCGUGUGUUCGCCAGCGAAGUGGUGCACACGGAAACACCAUGGACUCGUUUGCGACACGCUGUAUAUUCGUCGUCCUAACCUUGCAACAUCUACCAGCAGGCGAAGGUACAACAUUGGCGUGCGACUUUGAGGCCAGUGACAUGUGUGGGUACACCCAGGACACCACAGAUGACCAGGACUGGACCCGUCAUACCGGGCAUACACCCACAGCUAACACUGGGCCGUCAUUGGAUCACACUAUGGGCACAGGUCAUUACAUGUACCUGGAAACAUCAGUAGGCAAUCCAGGAGACGCUGCCCGGAUUGUCUCUCCCUCCUUCCCCGCCAACAGUGCCCCCUACUGCCUGAGGUUCUACUACCACAUGUUCGGGGACAGCACGGGUACCCUGAACUUGUACACCAGGAAGCAAGGCAUCAUGGGAGCCGCAGUUUGGACGGUCAUCGGGGACCAGGGUAACGUCUGGAAGCUUGGGAAUGCGCAACUGGACGGAAGUGGCGGUUUCAACGUCGUUUUCGAGGCCGUUCGCGGAGACGGCUUCAGAGGAGACAUCGCUAUAGAUGACGUCACCAUCAGCCAGGAUUGUACCCCGAUACCAACAACAGUUCUGCCAACAACAACACCGUAUCCACUAGCCUCUCCGAACUGUACAUUUGAGGUGUUGUCAAUCUGCGGGUACCGACAGGACAUCCACGACUCGGCUCAGUGGACGCGGCAUCAGGGACAGACAGACUCCGACAGUACAGGGCCUGGCGUGGACCAUACCUUGGGGACAGUGCAAGGACACUACAUGUACUUCGAGGCUUCCAGCAUCGACCCGGGAGUGACCUCACGUCUGUUGUCUCCUACCCUUCCCAUCAUCCCCUCGUCAUCAACUCCUACCAGCUACUGCCUGACGUUCUGGUACCACAUGUACGGUCCGCAUAUCGGCAUUCUUAAUGUCAAUCGGAAAGAUAGUGGGGGCUCCGAAACCCCCCUGUGGAGCCUCUCCGAUGAUCAAGGCAACACUUGGCAACAAGGGCAGCUUCCUCUUGACGGUAAUACGGAGCCGACGGUCGUGUUUGAGGCAGUCCGCGGCAGCAGCUACAGGGGAGACAUCGCCAUAGAUGAUGUCGAUGUGAUUCCGUACAGCGGACAAUGUGAAUUUAUCCCUGCAUUUGCCAAGGUGCCUUCGGCCUCCACACCCGCCAUAACCACCCGAUCACCCAGUACAAGUGCCCACAUCUCAACGCCAGCAGCACUGUCCGUAGUAACAACAGCGAAGCAACCAACCACAGAAACACCAUCAACAACCGGCCGUAUCCCACAUGCUACUACAGUUGUACAGCCAACAGCUACCACCACACACAAUGCCCAAUUGCCCAGUACAAAUGGCUUCCUAUCAACGCUAGGGAAACUUCCCAUAGAAACAACAACAGAGCGAAAGGCCACAGCAAUGUCGACGGAAACAUCGUCAACAACCCACCGCAUCCCCUCUGUCACUACACUACCGCCCACAACCGUCAUCAUUCACCCUGCCCAAAGUAAUGACGGCCCAACAAUCAACAAAGAAGCUGGCUCCUUCCAACAGUUCGAGUGUGACGUCACCUUCCCGUCGACGUACCUACUAAAUUGGAUGCGUGGGGAUGAGAUCGUCAUCCGGUACCUGUCUGCCAAUGACGUCAUCACGUGGACGUCAGCUAACUUCAACGGACGUGUGUCCAUAGCAGGGCCACAGAAGUCGCUAGGGAUUACAUCACUGAGGAUAACAGACGCAGGGGACUUCUACUGUAGUGUGCACGACUUGGCGUCAGUAAAUGCUGAAAGAAACUCUGCAAGACAAACUCUGUUUGUUUACACUCGUCCCUCGGUUUCGUUACCAUAUUCAGACGUUAUCGUCGAGGCCGGAGGAGACACCACGUUCACGUGCACCGUCACGAGCUACCCUUCAUCCAACGUCACAUGGGAACAUCCGGACGGGACCAGGUCUUCUGGCGACAUACUGCGCCUGCACAGUGUAACGUCACAGAGUGAAGGACAGUAUCGCUGUUUGGCUGAUAACGGCUUCGGAACAGACAUGCAAUAUGUCAAUCUUGUUGUCCAAGAAGCUACCAGAGGAGUUACUGUAAUAUCUGGAGGUUUUACUUCAGGUGUUAUGGUAAUUUCUGGAGCCAAUCCUCCAGCUGGACAACUGACCGGUAACAACUCAGCAUCAACCACCGCGCUUGGCGUGUCGCUGCCACUGUGCCUGGUGGUCGGGGCUGCCGCCGGGGCUGCUGCUAUGAUAUACCACAGAAAGAAGUGA